AUGGCAGCAGGUCCCAGUGAGGUGUUGGAGAAAGACUUGGGAUGCCCCGAGGCCACCGAGGAGCUGCCCGGGCAGGCAGGGAGCGCUCAGAGGCGGCCGAGGAAGGACGGGAGAAAAGAUGCUGACACGCCGGUGAGCAGCGACGGGGAGAGCAGCAGAGCGCAUGGGCUAGAGGAGGCAAGGACCCGGUUUGGUGUCUCUGAGCAGGAUCUGGAGGAGCCUGAGCUGAGCAUGCCAGAGCCAGCGCCGCUCGGCGGGGACAAGAAGGUGGCGGAGAAGAAGCGGGUGGAGAAGGUGGGAGCCAAAGGCAGCGCUACAUCACCUCCAGUCCCCAAGAGCCUCCCCGUGCAGAGGAAGGUGGAGCCCCCCAGCCUGGACCCCGCGGAGGAGCCGCUCCUCUGGGAAGGGCUCACCCUCAACAAAUGCAUCCUGGUGGCCUCCGUCGUCGCCCUGCUCAGCGUCACCUUCCAGGUGCUCCAAGCACCGUGCUCCAGGGAGGGAAUCAGCCGUGGCAGGCAGGACCCUCCACCACCUCCCCUUCACGAGGUGGUCAGCCCCAAGGAGGAGGUCCAAGAAGUGGUGACUGCGCAGCCUCCCCAGCCAGAGAGCAGCAUGGUCGAGGCCGGUGAUGGUGACGAUGACGGGGGCGAUGAUGAUGAAGAUGACGACGAGGCAGACAGCAACCUGGCAGAGCCCUGGAUCUUCAAGAAGUGGUUUGGGCGCUCAACACCGAAGGAUAAGGAUGAGGAUGAGCAUGAGGAUAAGGAUGAGGAUGAGGAUGAGCAUGAACAUGAGGAUGAGCAUGUGGAUGAGCAUGAGGAUCAUGAGGAUGAGCAUGAGGAUGAACAUGAGGAUGAGCAUGUGGAUGAGCAUGAGGAUGAGAAUGAGGAUGAGGAUGAUGAUGAGGAUAAAGAGCCUGUGGAUGUCCCCGAGGUGCCGCCGGUUGUGAUGGAGGUGAAGAAGAGCCGGGAGAAGAAGCUGGAGAAGAAGGAGAAGGUGGAGAAGGAGGAGAAAACCCGGGAGGGUCGUGCCACCCAGGCAGAGCGGAGCAGCCGGAGGGAAGCACGAGCCAGGGACAGGGCCCAGGGGGAGAAGCCCAGCAGAGCCCCCCGGGCCCCCCGGGAGCCGGAGCGGCAGCCCCAGAGGAAGCGGGGCCGGGAGGGGAAGGAGAGCCGGCGGGAGCGGGACGAGCCCAGGAAGGAGGGGUGGAAGGGCCGUCCCGGCAGGACCGACGGCGGCAGGGAGAGCCCGAAGCGGGACUGGCGGCAGCAGAAGGGCAAGAAGCCCUGGGAGGCGGUGGCCAGCCCCGGGAAGGACAACACCGCCAGGGCCAGGGAGGGCAAGAGGCGCAACUGAGGCUGGGGCAACCGAGGGGCCGGAGGAUGCUGAAUCCAGGGGGGGGUCCAACCCCACCACCACCCCCAGCAAGGGCACCCUCACACUCCCUGCCUGCUCUCCAGGGAUGUCCCCAGGCUGGCAGCACAGGCAACGCUCCAGGAUCUCCGAGCAGAGCAGCCCAGGAGCCUGGGAUGAGCCUCCCCGGGGACUUUGGGCCCCCCUGGAUUAGACGCACAAAGGCAACCUGAAGGGACUGGGGGAAGGAGCGUCUUCGUCUGGGCUUCACGCUAUUUUUUUCCAUCCCCACCCAAAGUCUUUCUUGCAGUUCAUUUUCACUCCUGGUCCCCGAGGCAUCGGGGCGGCGCAGUGGGCACAGGGAUCCCAGUGAACAGAGUUUGUUUCCAGACUGUGUAGCUCUUCGAUUCAGUUGAUAGUUUUAUUCAAAGCAAAUCAAGAGAGAAGUGCAUUUUGGGGUUAACGAAGCCGGGCUGCAGCCGUCCUGGGAAGGGAUGGGAGGAUUGACCACCCGGGACCCCGGUGCUGUUGCUGCAGGGUGAUGUGAAGCUUGGUGGUGACACAGCAGGGCUGGAGAGCCCAUCACCCGGGGGUGCCUUCGGGCUUUGCCUUCACAGAGUCGCUUUUUAGGAACGAAGCACAAGUGCGGUAUCACGCAGCGCUGCAGCAGCUACAGGAGACGUUCACAGCCCCGACCCACGGCAGGUUUCAGUAUUUGCUAAAUCGA